AUUCAAAGUGUGUUGGGUGGGAUAACGUAUACAUUAAUGCCUGUGUUUUCAUCUGUUUCUAAACAGUCAUCAGAAAGUCUGUGAAGUUUAAUUCUACUGGAUUACCACAUCAGGUAUCAAAGUAAAAAUAUCACCUGUGAUUAAUUAACAUAACACAGGGCAUCUGUUAGGAUGGAGUUGUCCUAUACAGUCGUGCUAGUAUUAGGGUUCUGUCAUGCUGUUGGUGCCAUUCCAUCAUUUGAUAAAACAGAUGAGACGAACAUACGACAGCAGUUAAGCCAAGCAAAGGAAGUAGAUGGAAAUCUACCAACAGUUAAUCAAAGACCAAAGUCUCUUGGAUUUCUUCGCUGUACAGAUGGUAAUCUUCCAACAAAAGUUACCACAACAGACACUAGUUUUGUUACUGUUAAUGCUUUCAAGAAUGUUUUUCUGAAACCUCUUGAUUAUGAGGAAAUCGUGAAAGAUCAAGACACACAAAAUAACAAGAAAAUUAAGUUUCAGUGUACUAGUUCUACUGGAGCAGCUGAAGUUACAAUGACUCUUGUUGUAGUUGACGUAAAUGACAACGCACCAUUAUUCCAAAGGAGCAAUGCUACUUACAGUGUGGAAAUAAAUGAGUUUUUAGAUGAGAAACAGAUAAUUUAUAAUCGGAACUCUCCAAAUCCGAUACUUGUCACAGAUGCUGAUGGAACAGACAAUAACAGAGUGGAAGCCGAAUGCUUACGCAUGCGUUUAGAUAGUGGCCAAAUACUGUCCUGUGAUGGUUACUUCAAAGUUGAAGCACAACCGGAUGGUUUCGGAAGGUAUUAUUUCACUAUAGCAGCUGAAAAAUUAGACUAUUCUGGCGAAAAGUCAUUUACCUUGGAGAUAAGGGCAGUAAAUAAACCAUUAGGAAAUGAUACAGCACAAGGUACUCUAUUUUCCACCACCCAGAAUGUUGCAAUCAACAUAAGAGAUGUACAAAAUUUACCACCACUCAUAGACAAAGAUGCCCUGUCAUUCGAGAUGCUUGAAAAUUUGACAGUGGGUUCACAGCUUGUUGGAUACAUAGGUGCAUUUGAUCAAGAUAUUGGUGAUCCACAUGCAAUUAGAUUUGUGCUGGAGCGACCUUUUUCAGAUAACCCUAGGGAUUAUUAUGCCUUUGAUCAUAACAAAUUUGCCCUUGGGGAUGUGAUACUUGAUGGCAUUAUGUACAAAGUUCCACUGUUGCUGAAUAAUUCAGUGGACCGUGAAGAAAUCAUUGGUAGAACUAAAACACUCUAUCUAGGUAUCAAGGCGAUAGAAUAUGAUCUCCAAAACAGGCCAGAUAGGAAUACUGGUACAGCCUCUGACACAGUAUCAAUAAACAUUUUGGACGUGAAUGAUCAGAUGCCUCAGUUUAGUGGACCUACAUAUGAUGUUGAAGUUACUGAAUUGUCAGACUUUGAGGCUGAUGCCAACCCUGAAAACUACAGACAGAUUUCAAACAAUGUUGAAAUUGAAGUGACAGAUACUGAUUCGUCGGACUACAAUAAAUUUACAGUUUCUAUAGUAUCAGGAAAUCAGCUGGGCAACUUUAAACUGGAUGAUACUGCUGGCAGUGAGCAAGCGAUAUUUAAUAUAUAUGCAAAACAAAAGAUAUUGGAUUAUGAGAAGGAUCCCAAGCAAUAUGUACUGGAGCUUGUGGCUGUAGAUACGAAUAACCCAAGUUUCCGCACUUCGGCAACAGUUUCCAUUUCUAUUAUUAAUAUCAACGAUCAUUCACCAGAAUUUAACCAAGCUGUAGCAUUGUUUAAUGUAAAAGAGAAUGCAACUGUUAAUACACCAAUAGGCAGCGUGAUCGCAACAGACAAAGAUGAUGAUAAUUUCGGGAUUAUAUCUAGAUAUCAAAUCACUGGCGAUGAUACUCCAACGUUUCGUAUUGAUAAUCAGGGUAGAAUUACAUUACAAGGAUCACUCGACUACGAAAUAAGAGAUGCCUACUAUUUCACUGUUAGGGCGUAUGAUACUGGAAAUUUGGAAGGAUCUAUAAAUGUAAACGUUCAGGUUGAUAAUGUUUUUGAUAUUGCUCUGAGGUUCCUUGCAACAUAUAGUGCCACAUUAGAGGAAGACAAGUUGGACCUGACUCCAUCAAUAAUUGUUCAGGCUGAGAGCAGGGAAACUGAUGCUCCUCCAGUGCAGUAUUUUGUAGCAGAAGUUACUCCUAGUACGGUACCACAGAACUCUUUUUCAAUUGGUUCAUCUAGCGGAGAAUUGAGUGUUGUAAACUAUGUCAGUUACGAUGAUACAUCUGACAGUGAACCUGGCAUUGUGAGGGUAAAGAUAGGUGCAACAUCUGGUGGUUUAACCUCAUACACAACCGUAGUUGUAGAGAUAAUUAAUGUUAAUAACUAUGCCCCAGAGUUUCAACCUGUUGUUGCAGACAACACAUAUUAUACAAGUAUCAACGAGUCAGCAGCAAAAGGUGUUGAUGUUUAUGCCUUGACUGUGAGAGAUUUGGAUGGGCCCAAUAAUGAAAAUGGCCAAGUAACAUUCCAGUUGCAGAGUGGUGCCAAUGAUGAUUUCUUUAUAACAGCAGAUACUGGAAUUAUAAAAGUUUCAGAAAGUUCUAAUCUCGAUGCAGACGGAGACAACAGACCCUACACUAUAGUGAUUGUAGCAAGAGACAAGGGACUUCCUCCAUUGUCAGCUACAGCUACUGUUAUUGUGACGCUGUUAGAUACAAAUGAUGAGAUACCAGAGUUUAAGGAUCCCCUGUACAGGUUCAGGAUUAAAGCUGAUGAUCCACCAGGCACCUUGAUUGGUCAAGUAACUGCAACAGAUGUAGAUAGCACCAGCAAACUGGAUUACAGUAUUGAUUACACGACAGUUGAAUUUCUAAAACAGACUGGACCAAUUCAAGUACCUAUUGACGCAACUGAAGUGAUAAAAAUUGAUCCAGAAGAUGGCCAACUCAGAGUGGCUGGCAAUAUAAACAGAGAGUUGUAUAACCGUAUCAAUUUGUAUGUGCGUGUUCGAGAUUUAAAUGCUGACAAGAAUUUACGGGUUGAUCAGACAACUACAGCAUUUGUGAUUGUAUUUAUCUAUGCGCCAACGGAUCCACGUAUUUACUUUACCAAUGACCAAUGGACAAGGGAUUCCCCUUUCAUCAAUGUAACAUUCACAGAAUCAAGGAGCAUAAAUUACCAGAUUGUGGCAUUGAGAGCUACCGACCCCUCAAUACCAGAAACUGUACAAAUAUACCGUAAGAAGGAAGGCUCAGAUCCUGAUGAUUAUUUUGAGGUCCGUGACGCAAGUGUUUUUGUCAAGAAACCAUUGGACUAUGAAGAAUUGCCGCCUGGAAAUAAAGAAUUAUCUGUAACUGUUGUGGCCCUGUCACGUGACUUAACAAAGAAUACUACAGCCACAGUAAAUGUAAAAGUUCUAGAUUUGAACGACAAUGCACCAGUAUUCGAAGUACCUGUGGGUGGAUUCAAUUUUUCUGUGGCUGAAGAUAUGAAGGCACCUCACGUUGUAGGCAGAAUAAAGGCUACAGAUCGUGACUCGUCAAGUUACGGAGAAGUUGAGUACAGUAUCUCUGGAGAUCAGACCAACUUUGGCAUUUACAUGGAACGUUCUGGAAAUGAGAAUAUUGGUGUCAUAUUUGUAGCAGAAAAUGCAGACUUGGACUACGAGACCAACAAGUUAUACAACCUAGUGGUGGUUGCCACAGACAACCCUGGAGGAACAAACACUGUGAGAUUUGCAACAAAUAUAGAUGUUGUAAUAGAUAUAGAGGAUAGAAAUGACAUGAGCCCUGUGUUUGAUGAAGAGGUUUACAACAUUACUAUUAUUGGCACAAAGGAAGUGAAUGAGGAGGUUUUCUUCAUCAAAGCCACAGAUGGCGAUGCUGGUGUCAAUGGUCUUGUGACCUAUUCCAUUGUAAAUGCAACAAAUGAUGGAAGAAGAUACUUCAGUAUUAAAACUGAUGAUCAAUCGUCUGACAGACCUGGUGAAUUUUUAAGGAUUGGGCAACUAUAUGUGAUAUCAUCAUUGAAAAAUUUACCAGAUCGAUCUGUGUAUAUGCUGACGGUGGCUGCACAAGAUAUGGGAUCCCCAGUUACACCACCAGGCCUUUGUAAAGUGUUUAUCACUGUGAGCAAAGGUGUACAGGAUCUCAAACCCAAGUGGGCUGAAGAUCUUCCAGCUCGUGUUAAGAUCUCAGAGAAUGAGCCACCAAACACAUCCGUUGCUACAUUAACAGCCUACCCAGCUGAUGUUACAUCAAGUAUUAUUUACACAUUUGUUGGAGCAGGUGAUGCUCUUCGUGACUAUGAUAGCUUCACGAUUAACCCAAACAAUGGAGAAAUCAAGACCAAGGUUGCACUGGAUUAUGAGGAACAAAUAAUUUACAGUGGCGAUGCUGAAUUGACAUUGUUGAUAUUGGGAACAGAUUCAGAGAACGAUACUUUAACCAAUCAGUACCUGCUGAUUGUAGAAGUUCUUGAUGUUGACGAUAAUCAACCAUCAUUUGUUGACUGUCCCGGUAAACAGUACAGUGUGCCAGAAAUGACAAAUGUUGAUGAAGAACUGCCCCCUCCUGUAAAUGUGUACCGUGCUGAGGCCUGUGACCUUGACAGUGCACCUCUUAACCAGGUCAAAUAUUCCUGGUUCAUCAAUAAUGACUACUGUCCUGACAAUACUGAAAUAUUUAGCCUGAAUCAGAACAACGGUCAGAUUUACACAAAGGACAAACUGGACAGAGAGCGUUUAGCAGAAUACAUGCUGUGCAUAGAAGCUUCCAGACCUAAUGUACCGAACACUGAAAAGAGUCUCAACGCACUGAACAAUACCAACAAAUUGUUGUUUGUUAAAGUGAAUGUGAAGGAUGUUAACGACGAAGGACCUAGGUUCGACAAACCAUCUGUGAAGACAGUUAUUUUACAAUACCCUGAAGUAAACGUAGGAGUAGCUGAGGCAACUGACUCUGAUCUUCCUCCAAACAAUGGUAUCCGUUAUCUUAUUGAUAACAUAGACUUCACAAAGAAUGGAAAAACCCAAAAUGCUCCUACAGCAUUUAGGAUAAAUGCGAAUGACGGAACAGUAGUCAUUGAUGUGAACGACUAUACAGACUACGUCGGAGGUUAUUUUGAUAUUAACAUCAAGGCAGAAGAUUACAAUAAUGCCAACGUUCCAUAUGAUCAUCAAUUACUAAGGGUGUAUGUUACAGACCGCUCAAACCGUAUCAGAGUUGUAUUUAAUAAACCAGCUGAUGCAGUAGUUAAUAAGGCCGCAAAUGAUAUGAUAAACGAACUUAAUGCCUUGUACGAAGAUUCAGGAAUGUUCUAUGAAAUAGAGACUAUUUCGUACCAUGUGAUCUCCAAUAAUGCAGAUCCUUCAUUUGACAAGACUGAUGUAUGUAUAGUUGUGGUAGAGGAUGAUCAAGUGUUAUCAUCAGCUAGUGCAGCAAAACGGCUUACAGACGUACAAAAUAUCAGAGGCAUUCUUAACAAAUAUGGUGCUGUGGAUCCAGGGUCAUGUGACCCAGCUGUAAGCGUGUAUCCAGUUGGCUGGGAGAGCUAUUGGUGGGUCCUCGUCGCCUUCGCAAUAUUUAUAUUUGUAUGCUGCCUCAUACUGAUCUUACUGAUAUGUGUCCUUUAUCGACAGUACAAACAGUAUAUGGAUUCAAGAAAAACCUAUUUGGUACCAGGAAAUUGAGAGGAAUAAGAACAGCAUUUUCGUCCAGUGAUAAUACAACCGAAUUCAAACAUGUAUACAAUCCUUAACACAGAUUUCGAAAUGUUCAUGAAGUAACUUGCAAGGAACACAGUCUUUGUGUGCAGUAGUUGUUAGAUAAAGUUAUCUCAACUUUAUAAACAACAGUAAUUUUGCACAUGAAAUGUUUUAAAUUUUCUGAAGUAAGUGUUUUGAAUUUCUGUUUAAGUUUAUAUCAGCAAAAACAGUUCUGACAUUGUUUUAAUCAAUAAUUUAUGUGAUGAAGGAACAAAUUUCUAUAAACCCUCACAUAGACACAUAUCAUAAUAUGCACUUGUGAUAUUGGUAGACUUUUACUACAGAAUAUAUGAUAGAAAUGUGACCAGAUAUAGAAGGAUGCAGUGUGUUCAAGGUAUCAUUUAUAAUUUUGUCAUCUCGGCACAAAAAGGGGACAAGUGCGGCAACAUAAGAAUCACUUAACCGCUUUUUGGGCUUAGUUGAUGAUACGUGAUGAGUUGAUAGAGUAUGACGUGUGUUUGUCUUUAACCCGAUAGUUCCUUGUUACUGUAUAUAUUGUAAAUAGAUUGUUUAUACAUUUGUAAAAAGUAAUAAUUUGAAAAAUAUGUAUACAUAUGGUAAGAGCUUUUUCAUAUAAGUAUAUAUGUAAUGUAUCAGAGACUUUUGUCUCGUGCAUAAUUGUUUUAAGAUUAUUCUUUUAAUAAAAUGUUGCCAGAGAAAUAUGUUGGUACAUAUAGCAUUCAUCUAGGUCUAGCCAGGUACUUUAGCAGCUACAAUGACCUGCCCGCUUAGCUGAGUAGGGAGAGCACAGAUCUAGAUUGCAGGAUCCAGGAACACUGGUUAAAUUAACUGCCCGCCGUUACAUAACUGCAACAUUGUUGAAAAAUGACGUUACAUGUUCCAACUUCCUUGCAACAGCAGAAUGUAAAGUUUGUUAAAACAUAAAAGAUAACUAAAAAUAUAAAAUUAUCAGUCAGUCACUGUCACUGUUUGAAUGGUAAUCAUUUGGUUUUAUGACUUUAUUUAUCACUAGGAGUUUUUGUUUCCUUGUCGGGUUUUCAUAAAGAGAGGUAAUUAAGUUUUUAGUAAACACAUCUUCUGAUGUAUUAGUGUUUUAUUUAGUGACUACUUUAUUAUUGGCAGAAAUUUUGUUCUAGUCUAAGAGUAAUAAAUCUGUUCUUCACAAGUACACUUGUUCUAAAUAUAUAGUGUGUUCUGGAUACUGAACUUGCUUGGAAGCAGCUGUAUAUUAUUUGUACUGUGUUAUUACCUGGCUAUACUAAGAUAUGUGAUAUAAUUGUGUACCCACAUUUUCUCUACACCUCCAGACAGAGUGCUGAUAAAAUGUUUGUUACCUGUAAUAUACUCAAUACUUGAUAUAUAGCGUUAUUAUGCCAUGUAGUCCCUCAAUGUCAUUAUGCCAUGUGGUCCCUCAGUGUCAUUAUGCCAUGUGGUUUUAGUGUCAUUAUGCCAUGUGGUUUUAGUGUCGGUGUCAUGUGACUCCUGGAUAUCAAGUUUAAUCUACAAUGGCAGGUUACUGGGUUGCCAUGCAUUGAAAUAUUGAGCGUGGAAGAACCGUCGUAGGAUGUUAAGCAAAUCCCGUAUUUAGUUUUAUAUGCAAUAUUUUUGUAAUAAACAUUGCCAACUG